AUGUGUCCAGUGCUUCAGUGCUUCAGUACAACUGACCCAGCCACGGCUCAAACAGUCACUCAGCCACGGCUCAGUCACUCAGCCACGGCUCAAACAGUCACUCAGCCACGGCUCAGUCACUCAGCCACGGCUCAAACAGUCACUCAGCCACGGCUCAGUCACUCAGCCACGGCUCAAACAGUCACUCAGCCACGGCUCAGUCACUCAGCCACGGCUCAAACAGUCACUCAGCCACGGCUCAAGCAGUCACUCAGCCGAGGCUCAAACAGUCACUCAGCCACGGCUCAAACAGUCACUCAGCCACGGCUCAAACAGUCACUCAGCCACGGCUCAGUCACUCAGCCACGGCUCAAACAGUCACUCAGCCACGGCUCAAACAGUCACUCAGCCACGGCUCAAACAGUCACUCAGCCACGGCUCAGUCACUCAGCCACGGCUCAAACAGUCACUCAGCCACGGCUCAAACAGUCCCCAGCCACGGCUCAAACAGUCACUCAGCCACGGCUCAAACAGUCACUCAGCCACGGCUCAGUCACUCAGCCACGGCUCAAACAGUCACUCAGCCACGGCUCAAACAGUCACUCAGCCACGGCUCAAACAGUCACUCAGCCACGGCUCAAGCAGUCACUCAGCCACGGCUCAAACAGUCACUCAGCCACGGCUCAAACAGUCACUCAGCCACGGCUCAAACAGUCACUCAGCCACGGCUCAAACAGUCACUCAGCCACGGCUCAAACAGUCACUCAGCCACGGCUCAAACAGUCACUCAGCCACGGCUCAAACAGUCACCCAGCCACGGCUCAAACAGUCACUCAGCCACGGCUCAAACAGUCACUCAGCCACGGCUCAGUCACUCAGCCACGGCUCAAACAGUCACUCAGCCACGGCUCAAACAGUCACCCAGCCACGGCUCAAACAGUCACUCAGCCACGGCUCAAACAGUCACUCAGCCACGGCUCAGUCACUCAGCCACGGCUCAAACAGUCACUCAGCCACGGCUCAGUCACUCAGCCACGGCUCAAACAGUCACUCAGCCACGGCGCAGUCACCCAGCCACGGCUCAAACAGUCACUCAGCCACGGCUCAAACAGUCACUCAGCCACGGCUCAAACAGUCACUCAGCCACGGCUCAAACAUUCACUCAGCCACGGCUCAAACAGUCACUCAGCCACGGCUCAGUCACUCAGCCACGGCUCAAACAGUCACUCAGCCACGGCUCAGUCACCCAGCCACGGCUCAAACAGUCACUCAGCCACGGCUCAAACAGUCACUCAGCCACGGCUCAAACAAUCACCCAGCCACGGCUCAAACAGUCACUCAGCCACGGCUCAGUCACUCAGCCACGGCUCAAACAGUCACUCAGCCACGGCUCAAACAGUCACUCAGCCACGGCCCAAACAGUCACCCAGCCACGGCUCAAACAGUCACCCAGCCAUGGCUCAAACAGUCACCCAGCCACGGCUCAAACAGUCACUCAGCCACGGCUCAAACAGUCACUCAGCCACGGCUCUAAUAGUCACCCAGCCACGGCUCAAACAGUCACUCAGCCACGGCUCUAAUAGUCACCCAGCCACGGCUCAAACAGUCACCCAGCCACGGCUCAAACAGUCACCCAGCCACGGCUCAAACAGUCACCCAGCUACAGCUGAAACAGUCAUCCAACUACAGCUGAAACAGUCAUCCAGCUACAGCUGA